CACACGCCAUCCACGCAGCGACCGAAAGCAAGGAGGAGGACGAGGCUUUUAGGGAAUGAGGAGUUUCCACCUUAUUCCGCUGCCAGGCUGUCAUUCAAAACAUGUAAGAAUUUUCAAAAGCCUUGUAAAAAUGCGCCAAACGGCCUCGACGCGGAUAAUCUGUGUUUUUUAUCCACAGAACCGGACGUAAUUUUUCAGGUUUCUAACUUGAAACGGCACAGGAAGGCAUCAGGAAAAAGUUUCUGCGCGAGGACUUUCAUAGCCAGCUCUGCCUGGGAAAAGAGCGCGUGCUUGCGUACAUUUUCCAAACGGGGCUCCAGCAAAACGUCUUCAGCGGUCGUGCCCGGAGGGACUGCCUGAUCCGCUCAGGCUUUACGUGGAUAUACUGUAGCGUGAAUGACCUGUGUUGGCAUUGAGGGAUGCCAGCAUGCCCUCGCUGAUUGUCUCGCAUCUGCUCCUCAUCUGGCUCGCGCUCCCGCGGCUGGCUCUGUGCGGCGAGCGCGCGUCCACCCGCGAGCGCUUCAAAGUGGUCAUCGCGCCGCUCAUCUGCAAACGGACAUGCCUGAAGGGUCAGUGUCAGGACACCUGCGAGCAGGGCAACAACACGACUCUCAUCGGUGAAAACGGACAGUCGGCGGACACACUGACCGGGCCUGGCUUCAGAGUCGUGGUGUGUCCUCUGACCUGUAUGAAUGGAGGAGUGUGCAGUACCCGCACACACUGUCUCUGUCCACCAGGCUUCACAGGACGCCUCUGCCAGUACCCACUUCGAACUCAAGCCACUCGUGGCAACAAGCAGCCUGUGUACACUGUGCAGGUGGUGCCAGGUGAGUCUCAGAGUCUGUCUGAGUCUAUCGGUGCAGGUGGACGACAACAGAUGACACAAACACACUCUGUGUUCACUCUGCAAGGCACAGGACAUCACUCUUCUGAAGUGCAGUUCAAUGUUCGUGUUGUUCACACACCAGACACAUCAGUUGUCAUUCAUCCUCUCGACCAAUCAGAGAACAAGCCUCACAGUACCAAAACUGUGACCCGCCUCCCUCCACCGACUCAUAAGCCCAAGGGGAGGUGCUUUCAGGAGACCACACCCAAACAGGCAUGUAGUAGUAACCCUCUUCCAGGUCUGACCAAUCAAGAAGACUGCUGUGGCAGUGUGGGUAAUUCCUGGGGCCAAAAUAAAUGCUACAAAUGCCCUUUACUACCAUAUACUGAAAAACACCAGGCUAUAGUCGAGGACUUUGCAUCCACGUGCCCUCAGGGAUACAAGAGACUCAACAGCACUCACUGCCAAGACAUAAACGAAUGUAUGAUGUCAGGCGUAUGCUGGAACGGAGAAUGUUUAAACAUGCGGGGAAGUUUCCGAUGCACCUGUAAACCUGGUUAUGUACUGAAAGAAAGGACACGCUGCGUCGCUGCAACAGUUGAGCUGGGGUACUGUUUUCGCAUGGUUACGGAAGCAGGGAAAUGCGAGCUCGCUCUUUCAACACGCCUUUCCCAGGAAAUGUGCUGCUGCACUGUGGGAAAAGCAUGGGGAAGCAACUGUGAGAGGUGUCCACAGGACGGCACAGCUUCUUUUAAUAAGAUAUGUCCAGCAGGGAAGGGAAUGUCUUUACAAACCUAUCAUGGUACUCUGACCUUUCAGCCCUUCCUGACCAGCAUUGAACACAUUAAUCCUGACACUGAAGUCAAGCCUCCGGAAGUCCCAGUUCAGACGACCACACCGAUGCAUCUUUCACCAAUCAGCACACAUGGCCCUCGACGCCCAGUCAUUGUGGCAAAGCCAACAACUCCUCCCAUAAUCCUGGUUCCCCCAGAGAAGGAUUCACACGAAGUGUCCCAGACGCAAGUCUCACCAAUGGAUGAAUGCAAGCUGAACAGUAACAUAUGUGGUCCUGGAGCGUGUGUGAACACACAGAAUGGUUUUAUGUGCCACUGUUAUCCUGGGUAUAGACCAGAUGCUCUGACAAAACGUUGUGAGGAUGAGAAUGAAUGUGAUGCACAGCCAUGUGGUAGAGGUGUUUGCUUCAACACUAAGGGUUCCUAUAGAUGCAACUGUCAUCUUGGCUACAGACUUUCUCCAGGAAAGCGUAGUUGUUCUGAUAUAAAUGAGUGCUCGAACACUGAAAUCUGUGGAGUAGGAGGGCAGUGCAUUAAUCUACAAGGUUCCUAUGAGUGUCAAUGUCUCCCAGGCUUCCGGAAAAAAAUCCAGAGACCCCCACAUUGUGAAGACAUCAAUGAAUGUUUGAAACCGGAUAUCUGUCCUAAUGAACAGUGUGAAAAUACAAUUGGGUCCUAUGAGUGUUUACCCUGCCAACCCGGAUACCAGGCAGAGCGAGGAGUGUGUCAUGAUAUCGAUGAGUGUAAGAAGCACGGUGUGUGUCUAAACGGCCGUUGCGAGAACUUGCCAGGAUCUUAUCGAUGUCUGUGUAAUGAGGGCUUUCUGCCCGAGGCUAACAGGAAAGGCUGCAGAGACAUCAAUGAGUGUCAGGAUAACCGAUUGUGUGCUAAUGGUCACUGCAUUAACACUGACGGGUCGUUUCGCUGCCAGUGUUAUGCUGGUUAUCAGCCUACGCAAGAAGGAAGUCAUUGUGAAGAUAUAAACGAGUGUAAACGAGCCUCCAAUUGUCAGCGAGGGCGCUGUAUCAACACGAUGGGCUCAUACCGCUGCGAGUGCCAGAAAGGAUACACGCUCGAGAAUGGGCGCCACUGCAAGGACAUAAAUGAGUGUGAAGGGGAGAGGAGUCUCUGUCAGCCGCACGGUGUAUGUGAAAACAGACAAGGUGGAUACGUGUGCGUGUGCAACGAUGGUUUCAGAUUGUCUGAAGACAAACACAGCUGUGAGAAGAUUGAGAGUGAUAAGAAGGAGUGCUACUUAAAUCUGGACGACACCGUGUUCUGUGAUAGCGUACUGGCAACCAAUGUCACCAAGCAGGAGUGCUGUUGCUCUAUCGGCGUGGGAUGGGGAGAUCACUGUGAAAUCUACCCCUGUCCCGUCUACCGUUCAGCGGAGUAUCACUCUCUUUGCCCGAUUGGCAGAGGGUUUUACCAUGACCAAGAAAAGAUAGAUUAUGGAUUUGUGGCACACAGAGAUAUCGAUGAGUGUGUAUUGUUCUCAAAUGAGAUCUGUAAGGAGGGACGCUGUAUGAACACUCAGCCUGGCUUUGAAUGCUACUGCCAACAGGGAUUUUACUAUGACAGCAAUCUACUGGAAUGUAUCGAUGUGGAUGAAUGUCAUGAUGAGUCACUGUGCAUCAAUGGUCACUGUGUGAACACUCGAGGCUCAUUCUACUGCGUCUGUGACCCACCCUGGGUUCCUGAUGCUUAUAACAAGAAGUGUGUCUUUCCCACAAUUAUAGGAAUUGAUGAAUGUCAGGACCCUGCAAAUUGCAAAAAUGGCCAGUGUGUAAACACCCAAGACUCCUAUUAUUGCCUGUGCUCUCCACCCUGGACUCUGGCAAGCGACCGUAACAGCUGUGUCACACCUGAGGAGCAGGCAGAUGUGAAUGAAUGUGAGGAUCCCUCCUACUGUAGGAACGGGAGAUGUGUCAACACUCCCGGCUCCUUCCACUGCAUUUGCACGCAGCCACUCACCUUUAGUGCAGCCCUCAAGCAAUGCGUCUAUGAUGACCGCACUGCCGCACAUAAGGACAUCUGUUUCCAGGAGGUUGACGAGGAUCAUAUGUGCACAAUGCCACGGAAUGAGCUCACAGUGACAUACUCGGAGUGCUGCUGUCAUUAUGGUCGAGGCUGGGGCCCAGAGUGCAGGACCUGUCCCAUGAGAAAUACAGUGCUUUUUAACAGGUUGUGUGAGAUGCAUUUGGAGACUGAGUCUGAUGGAGAGGGUGACUUUCUGGCAGCUUUUUCCACUUACAACCCAGAGGGAGACAGUUCAGAGGAAGACUCGGAUGAGUGUAGCUGUGCUAACGGACGGUGUGUGCGGUCCUAUCUGGGUACGAUGUGCGAGUGUAAUACUGGGUUUGUACUGGACCACUCACGAACGCGCUGUACAGAUAUCGAUGAGUGUGCGGGUCGAGGGACAGGGCAAAGCCCCUGUAAGAAUGCACGCUGUAUUAACACCUUCGGCUCAUUCAGAUGUCAAUGUAAACUUGGAUUUGUAGCUGCACGACGACCACACGUAUGCUUACGUUCCAGGGCUCAAUAACAGCGAUGUGGCUCAUCUCAACACUUCCACCACCCACACUCUCUCUCAUGUACAUACAUAAGUAUUGAUAUGCCACCACUAAUAUACAUCACCAAAUCUAGUAUAACUGCAGUUGUGAACAUUUACCCACAAACACAAAAGAGGUUCAUCAUUAUUCACUCUUAAAUAUUAUGUCGCUUUUUAUUGUAGACUUGUGUUUGCACCCAUCUGAAGAUGUGUUUGUUGUUAGAUGAGGGAUUGUCCUUGGAUGAAAUGUUUUUUUUACUUAAGUGGGGUUGUUUUUUUGUAUGUCUGUUGCUGCUUAGCACGUUUUAGCUAGCUUUAUCAUAACGCACGAUUUUGUUACAUACUGUGUUUUUUAUCUUUACUGUUUUUCUUCAAGAUUUAACUUUGUAAAAGUUUAAAGUGUUUUUUUUCUUGUUGGUUUCUGCCCUCUUUCAGACAGUUUGAUACUCCUUUGUUUGUACUGGUGUAUGUUUGUUCACCAUUGAUAGCGUUUUGUAAUUUGCCUUGUGCAUUAUUUGUUCAUUGUUUUCUUUGCAGGACAUGCAACAGGUGUCAUCUUUCUUUGGUUGCAUUGAGCACAUCACUGUUUUUAUAUGAAGUUAGUCUUUGACAAAGGUGGAUGUGUUGAUUUUGAUUUUCUAAACUGGGACAUAAAGUUCCAAACUUUUUGCUUUCUUGAUCAAGCUCAAUUAUGAGGUUAUUAUUUAGAGAAAAGAAUAUAAACCUAAUAAUUACACAGAAAGAAAACAUUGCCCAAAUAAAUUAAUUUAAUAAUUAUUUUUUAAAAGCAGCUAAUUUGAAAUAUUAGCAAUGUGUUCUGGUGAACUUGUAACCGGUUAGAUAGAGACAUCUUGGCCAACUGUUUUGCUAUGAGAACUAAAUUUAAACAAUCUAGCAGCAUCUUUACAGUGAGGGUAACUUAUUUGUCAGCUUAGUUAUCUUUCUAUUGAGGCUACACAAAAUGUAAGUCCUACUUUUAAUCGUAUAAACCACUUGACAACAACAAAUGGUCUAAUUUUGCUUUGGAUAAUUGCAGUUGCUUUGAAAAAGGCAUCAUCACACUCUCUUUCAUUAUAUUCAUCUUCUCAGAUGCAGAGAGAAAAGUCAAGUAGCAGAAAUACAAAUAGAGCUACUGCAGCACAUGCUGCUGAGUUGAAAAAUAAUGACCAGGUCUUGAUGAUAUGCUUGGUUUUACAGGCUGUCAGUCACCUGUGUACAGAAAGCGAUCAUAAUCAUGUGCCAAACUGAAAUCUACAAUGUAUUUGCAGAACUUGUUUAUAAAUAAAAAUAUAAAGCACCUUC